GAGCAGGGGUCAGAUUAGAAAAUGGCGAGUGUUGUGUUUUAUUAAAUAAAGUGCAAAAAUGAAUACAUAUUUUUAAUAAUAUAAACAAAUGCGGUCGGAUUUGGAUUUGUCCCGUUAAAACAUCGCCGGCUUCAGUCAUAUUCGGAUAAGUUAAAUAAUGACAAGUCCAUCUCCACAGAAUAGUCCCAUGCCACCACCACAAGCUCCAAGCCCCAUGGGACCCCCUGCACAAAGUCCUGUCCCUCCUCACUCCCCCCACAGCCCUUACCAGUCACCAAUGGGCCACAUAAAUGGCCCACAUGGUUUACCUCCUAUGUCUACAUCAGGUCACUCAAUGCCUCCUACUUCAAUGUCAAAUUCAACCCACGUUUUACCACCUCAUAUGUCACCUCACGGACCACCACAUCAUCCCCAUAGUGGUCAUCCUCCUGGUCCUUCCGGAUCACCUGUUGGCCCUCCUCAUGGGCCUCCUCAUGGACCUCCACACGGACCACCUGGAGGUCUACAUGGGCCACCUGGCGGUCCAUAUGUACCUUCAAGUGGUCUUCAUGGGCAAGGUGGUGGACCACAUGGACAAGGAGGUGGUCCCCAUGGGCAAUCCAAUGUUUCACAUGGACCACCUAGUGGUCCCCAUUGUUCUCCUCAUGGUGUACCUCAUGGACCACCUGGUACAUCUCAUGGCCAACCUGGAGGACCUCAUGGUCAACUUGGAGGAUCCCAUGGCCCUCCACAUGGUCCACCUUUGGGACAUCAUGGACCACCAGGAGCUUCUACACUUGGGGUACCUAGCGGAUCAUCACAUGGACCAUCUGGGGGACAAUCACAUGGUUCACCAAGCGGAGGUCCUUCAGAUGGACCUUCUCAUGCAUCUCCCCAUCAUGGAGCACCACCUACUGGGCCUCAUGGUCACCCUGGACCUCCUAUACAACCUGGUGGGUUAUCACAAAGUCAUCAUGGACCACAUGAUAUGUCACUUAUGGGAUCUUCACAUGGAGGAAAUGUACCGCAACAGAAUUAUCCAGCCCAUCCUUCUCCUGUGUCUCUUGGACAUCCUCAGCACAGACAGACUCACUCUACAUCUCCGGGCCCUCCAGGAUCUCUUGGACCUCCGCUUCCGCCAACAUCCAGUUCGGGACCUUCAGGACCCCCUCCACCUCAAGGCCAAGAAAACUUAAACGCUCUACAGAGAGCCAUCGACAGUAUGGAAGAAAAGGGCAUGCAAGAAGAUCCCCGUUACUCACAACUGCUGGCAUUGAGGGCCCGAAGUAACGGAGCGAAUAACGUUUUUACGCAAAGUCAGAUGUCACAACUACGAAAUCAAAUCAUGGCUUAUCGAUACAUAGCAAGAAACCAACCAGUACCAUCCCAAAUUAAUUUAUCGCUACAAGGAAAGCGAUCGGAUAGUUCUCCGCAGUGUCCAACUCCACCUCCAAGUGCUGGUUUUUCCCAAGGCAAUGUUGAAAUGCAUCAACGAGCUCCUCAUUCCAACGAACCUUCAGAACCUGCCGUUCCUGAAGUUGGCCCGCCACCAGUUCAGUCGCAGCCGCAGCCACCUCUGAGACAGCCGAUUCCUCCAUGUCCUCCUACUUCACAGCCACAGAUGAUGCAGAGUCAUCCGCCUCCUCCUCAAGUCCCCAUGCCCGCUCAAUCACCACAGGCGCCUAUGCCUCCCUACAAACCUCACCCUCAACCUCCACCGCAUGUACCAACUCCGCCUGCGAGGCCGCAACCAGUGCACCAUCAGCAAAGUCACCACCAACCUCAACCUCACCACCAGAGUGUAAAGCAUCACAGAAUCAGUUCGCUGCCUAAACCGUGCGGAAUAGAUCCUCUGGUUCUCCUUCAAGAAAGAGAAAACAGAGUUGCAGCUAGAAUAGCAUCCCGCAUGGAGCAACUGUCCAACUUACCCACAAAUCUUUCAGACGAAGUUCGAAUGCAGGUCCAGAUAGAGCUUCGAGCUCUGAGAUGCUUGAACUUCCAACGGCAGCUCAGAAGUGAGAUCAUAGCGUGUACAAGAAGGGACGUAACGCUAGAAACAGCUGUCAACGUGAAGCAAUACAAAAGAAUAAAAAGACAAGGACUAAAGGAAGCCAGAGCGACUGAGAAAUUGGAGAAACAACAGAAGUUGGAAGCUGAAAGAAAGAAGAAGCAAAAGCACCAGGAGUUUCUUAAUUCUGUUUUACAGCAUGGAAAAGAUUUUAAGGAGUUUCAUAGAAACGUGCAAGGAAAGUUGUCUAGGUUAAAUAAAGGUAUUAUGAGUUAUCAUGCAAACGCGGAAAGGGAGCAGAAAAAGGAGCAAGAAAGGAUUGAAAAGGAACGAAUGAGAAGAUUGAUGGCAGAAGAUGAAGAAGGAUACAGAAAGCUUAUCGACCAAAAGAAGGACAAACGUCUAGCCUUCUUACUUUCUCAAACGGAUGAAUAUAUAAGUAAUCUAACGGAGAUGGUCAAACAACAUAAGUUGGAACAAAAGCGAAAACAGCAAGAGGAGGAAAACAAGAAGAGAGCAAGUGAAAAAUUGAAGAAAAAGAAGAAGAAGCUUGGCCUUGACGGUUCCGUGAAUCCUGAAGGAGAUGAUGGUUCACAAGAUUCUGACCGACCGAUAACUGUUAUUGAAAUAACUACUGGGAAUAAACUGUCUGGAGAGGAAGCUCCGAUGUUAAGUCAGUUACAAGAAUGGUUAGCUCAAAAUCCGGGAUGGGAAGUAGCCGAUACUGAUGACGAAGACGAGACUGAUUCGGAUGAAUAUGACGACGAGGAUAAUCCCAAAGGUCGCAAAUCCGAGGAAAGCAAAACCAAAGACGUAAUCAAAAAGGCUCGGGUGGAAGACGACGAGUAUCACAAGAAUUUCAACGAAGAACAAACUUACUACGGCAUAGCCCACACCGUCCACGAAAUGGUCAGCGAACAACCAACCAUCAUGAUCAACGGACAGCUCAAAGAGUACCAAACCAAGGGUCUCGAAUGGCUGGUGUCACUUUACAAUAAUAAUCUCAACGGAAUCCUUGCCGACGAGAUGGGUUUAGGCAAAACCAUACAAACUAUAGCUCUGAUCACACAUCUUAUGGAGAAGAAAAAAGUUAAUGGUCCGUAUUUGAUAAUUGUACCGUUAUCAACUUUGUCCAAUUGGGUACUGGAAUUUGAAAAAUGGUCGCCUUCAGUUAUUGUAGUCUCGUACAAAGGUUCACCGGCCGGGAGAAGACAGAUACAGAGUCAAAUGAGGUCUACGAAAUUCAACGUACUUCUUACAACUUAUGAAUACGUCAUAAAAGACAAAGGAGUAUUGGCAAAGUUGCCGUGGAAGUACAUGAUAAUCGACGAAGGCCACAGAAUGAAGAAUCAUCAUUGCAAACUGACGCAAGUGUUAAAUACUCAUUAUCUAGCUCCUCAUCGGCUGCUUCUUACUGGAACACCGUUACAAAACAAACUCCCAGAACUAUGGGCACUUCUCAACUUUCUACUACCCUCCAUUUUUAAAAGUUGUUCCACUUUUGAACAAUGGUUUAAUGCGCCUUUUGCAACAACUGGAGAAAAGGUUGAAUUAAAUGAAGAAGAAACUAUUCUUAUUAUUCGUCGUCUUCACAAAGUACUCCGACCGUUCUUAUUGAGACGUUUGAAAAAAGAAGUGGAAUCUCAACUUCCCGACAAAGUGGAAUAUAUUAUAAAGUGUGACAUGUCAGGCUUACAAAAAGUUUUGUACAAGCACAUGCAGAGCAAGGGAGUACUUCUGACCGAUGGUUCUGAGAAGGGCAACAAAGGAAAAGGUGGAGCCAAAGCUCUUAUGAACACAAUUGUACAAUUGAGAAAAUUGUGUAAUCAUCCGUUCAUGUUUCAAAAUAUUGAAGAGAAGUUUUGCGAUCAUGUUGGAAUUGCAGGAGGUGUGAUAUCUGGACCAGAUAUAUACAGAGCGUCAGGAAAAUUCGAACUUCUAGAUCGAAUUCUGCCAAAACUGAAAGCCACCAACCACCGAGUGUUGCUCUUCUGCCAAAUGACUCAGCUGAUGACCAUAAUGGAAGAUUAUUUAAGUUAUAGAGGCUUCGGCUAUCUCCGAUUGGACGGAACUACCAAAGCAGAAGAUAGAGGCGACUUACUUAAGAAAUUCAAUGACAAACAGAGUGAAUACUUUAUUUUUCUUUUAUCUACUAGAGCUGGAGGUUUGGGUUUGAACUUACAAACGGCUGAUACCGUGAUCAUAUUUGAUUCAGAUUGGAAUCCUCAUCAGGACUUGCAAGCUCAGGAUCGUGCUCAUCGUAUUGGACAACAAAAUGAAGUUCGAGUUUUGCGUUUGAUGACUGUUAACUCUGUGGAAGAACGCAUUCUUGCCGCAGCCAGAUAUAAGUUAAAUAUGGAUGAGAAAGUUAUCCAGGCUGGUAUGUUCGACCAAAAAUCAACGGGAACUGAAAGACAACAAUUUCUUCAGCAUAUUUUACAUCAAGACGGAGAUGAUGAGGAGGAAGAAAACGAAGUUCCUGAUGACGAAACUGUUAAUCAGAUGAUUGCUAGGUCUGAAAACGAGUUCGAACUCUUCCAGAAAAUGGAUCUAGAAAGAAGACGAGAAGAUGCUAAACUCGGAUCAGCCAGAAAAUCUCGAUUACUGGAAAUAAGCGAGCUACCUGAUUGGCUAAUCAAAGAAGAUGACGAAGUGGAUUGCUGGAACUAUGAAGAUAAUGACAGUAUCUUGGGAAGAGGAAGUAGACAUCGAAAAGAAGUGGAUUAUACGGAUAGUUUAACGGAGAAAGAAUGGUUAAAGGCAAUAGAUGAUCCUGGGGAUUACGAAGAAGAAGACGAGGAAGAAGAAAAGGUCAAGAAAAAGAAAGGUCGGAAAAGACGAAAACGUGGCGAUGACUCUGACUGUGAAGUAGGUAAUAUCGUCAAGAGAAAAACUAAAUUACAAAUUGGCGAUACGAAGAUUAAGAAACAGAUGAAGAGGUUGAUGGCGAUAGUUACUAGAUACAAGGAUAGUGAUGGUAGAUUGUUAAGCGAACCCUUUAUUAAACUACCACCGAAAAAAGAUUAUCCGGAUUAUUACGAAAUUAUCAAGAAACCAAUUGAUAUAAAUAAAAUACUAAAUAGGAUCGAAGAUGGCAAGUACACGGACUUUGCAGACCUUGAACGAGACUUCAUGCUGCUUUGUCAAAACGCUCAAAUCUACAACGAAGAAGCCUCUCUGAUUCACGAAGACAGCAUCGUGCUUCAGUCGGUGUUCUGCAACGCUAAACAACGCAUCGAAAUGGACGGAGGCGAAUCGGAGGCAGAAGAAGAGAAAGAGGAAUCUAAGUCUGACACCGAGCCAGUUGUGAAAAAGCCCGAGGCCGAGUCCACGGUGAAGAUGAAGAUUAAGCUCAAGAGCAGAAAGCUCAAUAGUAUCGGUGCUAGUAGUAGGAGGAAACGUCAGAGAAAGUAUAUUUCUGAUAACGAAGAUGAAGAAGACGAUUAAAUCUUUUUCACUUUUUAGGUGUUACAAAUUUUAGUGGAAUAAGUUGAUACAUUUUAGGGAGAUGGAAGUCAGUUGCUGAUUAAUAUUGAGUUUUAUGUACAAAUUGGUAAUGUAAAGCUGAUAACCUUGAAUCCAAAAUACAAAAGCAUAAUAACCUUGAAUGUAAAAUAACGACAGCUAAGAAAAACUAGCAAACUCUUCAGAUGUAUGUUUAUAAAAUUAGGAUAUACUGCAAUAAGCGAUAAUAGCAUCACAAGGGUUAGUGCAUAUUCCACAUAAUAUAUUAUUAUAUUGUAUGGACAAACAAAAUGACAAGUACAAAGAGCAAGAAUAGAAUAUUGUUGCGGCUAUUUGCUUAGAGCAUCUUAAUGUAUUUUUCUUGGAAAUAUGCCGCAAUUUAACUUCAAAAAAAGCUUGCAGAAUUUGACAAUAGAUGACGCUAAUAUUGAGGUAGUAAAACAGCUGUAGGUACUACUGUAGGUAAUAGAUGACAAAGACAUCAAAUUAUCAAAAAACUUGUACUGGAACCAAAGCGCCCGAGUUAGGAUCGAAGGUUCCACAUACGCAGAAGUAAAAAUGAAGGGGAGUUAGACAAGGAUGUGUUCUGUCGCCUCUGCUGUUUAUUUAAUCUUUACUCUGAGUUUCCAUUUAAAGAGGAACCGAAGGAUUCAAAGGAUGGGGUCAAGGUGAAUAGCGUAAAUAUCAACAGCAUCAGAUACGCCAAUGAUACGUUGUUGAUUGCGGAUUCCGAUUUGAGCCUGCAACGUUUCAUCGACAAGACCAACUCGACCUGUGAGCAAUUUGGUAUGAAAAUAAACAUUAAAAAAACCAAAGUGAUGUCAAUCUGAAAAAAACCAAAACGUACCUCAACCUUGCACAAUAAAUGGGCAAGUUUUAGAACAGAUCAAUAGAUUUAAGUACCUGGGAUGUUGGAUCGAUAGCAGCCUAAAUCCUGAUCUAGAAAUAAGAUCGAUAAUAAAACAGGCCAGAAAAUCUUUCGAAAAAAUAAAAAACUUUGUGAUUCUUGAAUAAAACUCGAAAUUCGACUGCGUUUAUCAAAGUCUGGUUGACUCUUCUCUAUGCAGAUGAGACAUGGACCCUUAAAAAAUCAACCCUAAAUAAAAUUGGAGGCUUUUGAAAUGUAGAUCUACCCAAGAAUCCUCAAAAUUUCAUGGACAUCGCAUAUAUUAAACGAAUGAGUUCUGCAUAGAAAGUUCAAGGAAAGAGGACUUUUCAACACAGUGAAAGUUAGAAAAACAUCAUAUCUAGGCCACAUACUGAGAAAUAAUAAGUACCAAUAUGCUUAACUUAUAGUGAAAGGAAACAUCGAGGGAAAGAGAGAACUAUGAAGGAAAAGACUGUCGUGGCUCAGAAACAUCCGACAAUAGACAGGGCUGAAUUUUCAACAACUAAUAAGAACAGUUGAAGACAGGGAAGAGUUUGCAAUUGUAUUAGCCAACCUCCAUUGAGGAGAGAAUACUCUAAGAAGAAGAAAAUAGCUCACAUAUAUUUGGGCGUAUAGGACGGCAGCGAGGAGUAGGAAACACAGAAACAAAUAAUGCUUACUAAUAAAGCAUACUUCUCUCUGCAAAUAAAGCAUACUCUAAAGUAAAGUUUAAAAUAUAUAAAACCAUCAUACGACCAAUAGCAACAUAUAGUAUGGCGUAGAAACAUGGAUCAUGAGUAAAAAGACAAGGAGGGUAUUGGGACCCAAUUGCGACAAUGUUAUAUAGAGAAUAAGGUUCGGCCACGAAUUCAACCAAUAUUACAAAGAAUCCUCUAUUCGCGGUGUGCAAGUACUUGGAGGGGAUACGAGAAACGAUCGUGCGAGAAUAGCGGCGAAAUAUUGCAACUUUCUUAAAUAAUUCAUAUUGUCAAUUGAAAUUGACGUAUAUUUCAUUCCUGCUGUCAUUGAAGAAGAAAAAUUAUAUAUUGCUCCACAAUAUUGAUAUAUGCAAUUAUUAUAUUAAAGGUAAAUUUAAUUAAUUGUAUUUUGCUUGCAGUACUGCAUUUUAAUAACUAAUUUUAUUUACUAAAUACGUUUACAUUUUAAUAACAUAACCUGAAUAUUAUUUUUUCUUCUUGUUAUUUUUUUGGACUAUGGCCUUGACAAUUAUCCAGUAACCAGGACUAAUAUAAUUGGCCAAUAUAAUUAAAAGUGCGAAUAAUGUUGCUGAGCGUAGAAACCAGGUGUCGCUUUGCCGAACUUGCACGGUCCCAAUAGCAAAUUAUGCAAAAAUACAACAAUUGAUAAUGACAAAACACCUAGUAGAACGCUUAGCGGAACUAUCGUGGGACGUCGUCCAGUAAGAAGACCAAGGAAAAGGCGGAGUGAGAACUGAUGCUAAAGAUAUAUUGAGGGUGGAUAAUUGGAGGAAAGCCGCCAGGGACCGAGAUACUUGGAGGCGCAUGCUGGGGCCCGACUUGAGCUGUACCGCCAUAGGGGAGAGAGAUAAUUCAAGGAUUUAGACGAAUGAUGUAUACUCUUUAAUCAGAGGCUGACUUUCGCGUUAAAGACGCGUACAAUUUUACCUACCUAAGGUAUUAAAAAAAUUUCUGGUUGUGCUAAUGUGAUAUUUUUUAAUUAGUUUAAGUGGAUGAUCUUCUAAUAUAUUUCGAUAUUAAAAUAUCAUUUGUUGGACGUGGUUGCCUCUAGAGUGUAUCAACGUUGUACACGAGUUAAAUGUAAUGUUUUUAAACUCUCAGCUCAAAAGCUUAUGUAUGAUUCUUGGAAUUCUUGUUCCGAUUUUAUGGUAUUUUAUUUAUUUCUAUCGCAACAAUUAGAUAUAUGGUAGUUUAGGAGAUUUUAUCGAUCGUUGCUGGUUUACAAUUACUUUUAUUAACGUACUUUAACUAUUAACCUAUGAAAUCUACAAGGAAAUGAAUUUCCUGUAUAGUCCAGAAACCGAAGCUUUUCACCUCGCAAUUUUUACAGAAUGGAUCGAUUUGCUUGAAAAUUUGAGAAUAAGUAGUAGAUAGUUCAAGGAUCAAAAUCUAUAUGAUGCCGAAAGGCGCUUUUACCAUGGGGGUGGCUGCCACCCCAUCUCGGGCGUGGAAAUUUUUUAUUAUAUUUUGACCGCAAAAGUUGAUAAAAACAUUCAUUC